GGGCACGCCGGGAACAUGGAGAACUUCUCGGCGCUGUUCGGUGGGGCCGAGCCGCCGCCCGCCGCCGCCGCCGCUGCGCUGGGCUUCGGGCCGGCCAAAGCGCCUGGCGCCGGGGCCGCGCCGCCCCCCGCUGCCGCUGCGCCGCCGCCGGGCGAGGACGCGGCCCGCAAGGCCGCCGCCGGCCCCUUCUACCUGCUGCGGGAGCUGCCAGGCACGACGGAGCUGACGGGCAGCACGAACCUGAUCACGCACUACAACCUGGAGCACGCCUACAACAAGUUCUGCGGCAAGAAGGUGAAGGAGAAGCUCAGCAACUUCCUGCCCGACCUGCCCGGCAUGAUCGACCUGCCCGGCUCGCACGACAACAGCAGCCUCCGCUCCCUCAUCGAGAAGCCCCCGAUCUGCGGCAGCUCCUUUACCCCCCUCACCAGCACCAUGCUCACGGGGUUCCGCCUCCACGCCGGCCCGCUGCCCGAGCAGUGCCGGCUCAUGCACAUCCAGCCGCCCAAAAAGAAGAACAAGCACAAGCACAAGCAGAGCCGCACGCAGGAUCCCGUCCCCCCAGAAACCCCCUCAGACUCCGACCACAAGAAGAAGAAGAAGAAAAAAGAGGAGGACCCUGAGCGCAAGAGGAAGAAGAAAGAGAAGAAGAAAAAGAAGAACCGGCACAGCCCGGAGCACCCGGGCGUGGGCAGCUCCCAGGCCAGCGGAAGUCUGCGGUGAGGCCACGGAGCCCUGGCCGCCAGGAACGGCCCCAGCUGAGCUGGGAGGACUCAUCCCUCCCGCAGCGCUCGGGGCGGCCUGACCCCCCCCGGCAGAGAGGAGAGCCCCAGCUCGCGGGACCAGGGAACACGGACUCUGCUGGUGCCGGGGCUGCGGCCUCGGCCUUUUAUACCCAAAGAACCCAGGGCAUCGGGGCCUCUUUUUUAGUCACCUUUUAAUUAAAGUGUCUGCUCUGA